AUGGAUCUGGUGGACCAUAGCCCUUUCCUGGUGCGGACGUCCUCAGCGAGCGACCUGUUCUUCCUGCCCGCCGGGAAAUUGCACGCGCUGGCUGAGACGUACCCGGAGGAUUUGCAGCGCCUGGAGGAGCGGUGCAGGAAGUUGGCCUGCGGCCUGCUGAGGUCCUGGGUGCGCCGGUUCCACUCUCGCUGCUGCCCCCGGCUCUUCAGCUACGCCUCCCAGGAGUUCCUGUCCGCCUUCGUGGAGCUCAUGCACGUGCGGCUCUACCGCGCUGAAGCCACCAUCUGCCGGGAGGGCGAGCCUGGCAACUGGGGCUUCUACCUGCACACAGGACGCAUGCGUGUGACCAAAAGCGGCGUGGAGGUGAGUCAGCUGUUCCAGGACGGCCGCGCCUGGCAGAGCUGGUGGGGCAUGCUGGAGGCAGGCAUCGGCAUCCGAAGGAAACUGCAGCAGAACUCCGCAGUGUCGCCAGUGCCGGCAGCGCAUGCCGCUGCCAGCCACAACCGGAGGGGCUCCAGGAGCUGCGCAGUGGGAAGUAUCGUGAGUGCCGGCUGCUGGACAAAGUUGCGAUCAGCCGCGCUCGGGGCUCGCCGCGGCUGCAGCGCUCGCUCGCGGAUCAUGCGGCGAAGCUACGGCCUGCUGCUGGGGCUGCCAGUGUGCUUCGUGCCCUCCUUUUGGUCAAGUAUGCGAUCGGGCGAGGACGUCGCCCCGAGCACAUCCUCACGGCAAGGCCUGGCCGGGCUGCGCGCGGCGCGCGCAGUGCGCACGGCGCGGCGGGCGGUGAUGGACCCGCCCACGCGCAUGGCGCCGCCGAGCUCGGCGGAGGUGCUGGGGCAGAGCUCGUCCUGGGCAGAGUGCAUCCUCGAGGAGUGCAACGAGGAGGGCUGCAAGAGGAUGGAGAACUGGGUCUUCCGGAAGGAGCACGCGGAGGACUACCAGGCCUUCCUGAACAUCCGGAACGUGAAGCCUCAAGGCUUCCUGCCCUACCACGGCUCCAACUCCUUCAAUACCUCCGUCAUGUGCCGGGAGCGGGCCAUCGACGUGUCCCUCACCUGCGCGGAGUGUGUGCGGCUCAUCAUCGGGGGCCCUUACGGCGCCCGGGGGGUGGCAGUGGGCGCCUACCCCCCAGAGGCGCAGGUCUUGCCUUGCCUGGACCUUUCGAAGAGGCUCCCGAAGACGAAGGCGAAAGAGCACGAGAGGCAUUUGGAGCUGCUGAACAAGCACAUGGACGCCAUGCGCAGCAUCGCGAUGUUCGCGGACUGCGGGAAAGACUUCCUGGAAGUGCUGAAAGGGGAAUUCGCUCAGAGGCUCUGUGCGCGGGAUGAGGUGGUCUUCAAGGAGAGCGAGCUCGGGGAGGAGAUGUUCGUCUUGGCCCUGGGCAAGUGCAAGGUGCUUCGCAGUGGCAGCGACCGCCCGGUGAGCCGCCUGCACCCGGGCUCCGUCUUCGGGGGGCACGCGGUGCUGGGCAUCUCUCAGACGCGGAAGGAGACGGUCAUGGCGGACACGGUGUGCGACCUCCGGGCGCUGAGCCGCAAGGCGCUGCUGCGGGUCUUGGAGCGGUUCCCCGAGGAGGAGGAUCGCAUCCUCGCCAUCGUGGAGGCUCACGGCGAGAGCCGCAAGGCGGCCUCGUUGGCGCUGGCGCAGGCCAGCGCUGCGGAGGGGGGCUUCAGCCAGGACUUCAUCCGAAUGCUCGUGGACAACAUGUACGAGCAGCCCUUCAUGGUGAACCAGGCGAUCCUGCAGCAGGGCACCCCAGGGACGCAUUUGGUGGUGCUGGUGCAUGGCAUGGUGGAGAUCGAGGCCAACGGCAUGGUUGUGGCCACAGUGAACGCUCCGGGGAUCUUUGGGGAGAGAGGGCUGCUUGUCUCGGGCAGCAGAAGCGGCGCCACGGUGAGAGCCACCACGGUGGCCGAGUGCAUGAUGCUGCCGGUGGACGGGCCCUCCACCCCGGUGAUUCGGCAGCUCUACGAGCAGGACAUGAAGACGCUGGAGCGGAUGCUGCAGAAGAAGAUGGCCUCCACGGUGCAGCGCCUCGCCACCGAGAAGGGCUCGAACCUCCCGACGCAGCAGAGCACCAGCUUCCUAAAGAACUGCGACCCCUCCUUCCUGACGCGCAUGGCCCAGCAUUUUGAGAAGCAGGUCUUUCUGCCUGGCCAGAACUUGGUGGAGAAAGGCUAUGACGCGGGCUUCUGCUUCCUCAUCCAGCAAGGAGAAGCUAUUGUGGAGAUUGACGGUCGCCUUAUCAAGCGGCUGAUGCCUGGGGAGUUCCUGGGGGAGCUGGUGGCCCUGGGCUUCGCGGAGGUGGCCACCGCCACCGUGCGCGCAGAGACCAGGAUGCUGACCUUCGCCAUCAACAACACGGCCUUCCGGGAGGUGGUGGACGAGUUUCCCGAGGAGAAGCAGAAGCUGUUGGACUUGAUUCAGCAGAGGCCGCAGGUGGAGCCGAGGCGCCGGGGCUCGCGCACCUUCGCCGCCGCGGUGAUGGCCGUGAGCUCCAUGAACUCCGCGCGGCGGGAGCGCGAGGAGAAGGCGGUGCAGCCCGUGGAGGAAGGUAUGGUGGAGACCUUUCAGCAGGAGGUGAAGCGGCUCCCGGGCUACCGCAGCGGCAUGAGCUGGGUGCGUCAGCGCCGCGCCGCGCUGGAGGAUGCCUCGUACCUGCGGAUGAUGCGGUCGCAGAUGCGGCCGCAGGACACCUCCAGCUUCGCGCCGGUGCUGCCCCCGCCCAGCACCGCGCCCAUGGCCGCGGCGGCGCGGCCCGGGCCGCCGCCGGGGCCACCGCCCAGGCGGCCGCGCCAGGUGCAGGCCGCCGCGUCGGUGUCGGGAGAAGCGAGGCUCAAGAAGUCCCAGAGGGUCUAUGGCAGGAAGGUGUGGCUGGAGACCUGCCAGCCUCGGUCUGCCCCCAACCAGCCGAAUGAGAGCGAGGCCGACCCGACGCUGGAAGAGGAAGACUGCCUUGGCCCCCUGGACAACGAGUCCGUGUCCAGCGAGCCGAAGGAUCGCUUCGAACAGCUCUCCCCACGCCUGACGCAGCACUUGGCCGGCUGGUUCGGGGAGGCCAGCGGUGAAGAGGCGAAGGAGCCGGACGCCAUCGCGCAGCUGAGCAGCUUCCUGCAGCAGGAGGAGGAGCUAGCGGAGAACGAGAGGAAAGAACGCAGCCAAACUGCCCUGGCCCGGAUCUUCCGGGCUUGGGACCUGGCUGUAGGAGGCGCCGCGGACUGCGAGCGGCCGAGCUCGCGCGUGGAGGAGUUGGACUACUGCGAGGGAGGCGAUGCCUGGCGAGAAAUGGAGGCUGCAGAUUGUGUCACCGACCUCCUGUGCAUUGCCAUUCGCUCCGGCCUGCCCUAG